GCGGUGAAGCCGUCUUCUCCGACCCGCCGCCGAGGGCUGGGCCGCUUCCGGAGCCUGGGUUAGGGGCGCGAGGUCACGGAGCGCGGCCCGGGCGGAAAGGGGCUUGGUUUUCUCUCUCCUCCUCCCGAGUGCGGCGCGCAUCCCUGGCGUCCACGCCGAACCCCACAGUCCCCGACGCCCCUCGAGCCCGUGUUCCUCGACAGCCGCGCGGCUGAGUCACUGGCGGGCUCGGGCGGGGCCGCACCCGGGCACGUGGCGGCGCUCCCCGCCCGCCAUCUCCUGACCCCUGACCCGCCGCACCCCCACCCCAGGGUGGAAAAAUCCCGGGAGGAGGGGCCUGAGAUGAGAGGGCGGGGCAAGAUGGGAGACGGGACGGGUGGCGGGGCAGGUGGCUUGAGGUGGGGGCUGGGAGGCCGCGCUGGCCGGCGGGGCGGGGAGCAGGGGUGGGGAGAGGGAGGCGGGGGUGAGUCACCGGGCGCGGGCUGCCCCGGCGCCGGCGGGAAGGGCCUCCGAGUCGAGCCCCGUGACCCCAGCCGUUCGGCUGGCAUGGCUGCAGAGGAGCUCGGGGCAGACCCCGCACUGGCCCCAGAGCUGGCAAGGUGGAGAUCUCUACCGAGAGCAGAGACCCACCUCCCCGCAGUGCUACGGCGGGGCGCCGGAGGAGCCCCAGGCGUGCAGAAGCUCACAAAGGGCCACCCGUCCUCGGUCCAUUCAUUUUUGUUCACUGUUGAUUCAACCCCAUUCAUUGAUGGGCUGGGGCCGUGCGCUGAGCGCCCACAGUCGGUGGGGAGAAGGGCUCUGACCAAUAGUCCCCAUGCCGGGCGACAAGUGCUGUCCUAGCGUUAUCAAUCGGGCGCCGCGCCAGCCGAGAGGGCCCGUCUAAAUUUGUCUCCUGGCCCCUAAUUCAUCCCUGCCCUGGCUGGCCUGGAGAGGUAGGAUGGGGCGGCGCCGAUAAUGGCCGUUAUGAGGACCCUAAGAGCCAUGGCCAUGCAGAAAAUCUUUGCCCGGGAAAUCCUGGACUCCAGGGGCAACCCCACAGUGGAGGUGGACCUGCACACAGCCAAGGGCCGAUUCCGAGCAGCUGUGCCCAGUGGGGCUUCCACAGGUAUCUAUGAAGCUCUGGAACUAAGAGAUGGGGACAAAGGCCGCUACCUGGGGAAAGGAGUCCUGAAGGCUGUGGAGCACAUCAACAAGACUCUAGGCCCUGCUCUGCUGCAAAAGAAACUAAGUGUUGUGGAUCAAGAAAAAGUUGACAAAUUUAUGAUUGAGCUGGAUGGGACCGAGAAUAAGUCCAAGUUUGGGGCCAAUGCCAUCCUGGGCGUGUCCUUGGCCGUGUGUAAGGCGGGAGCAGCUGAGAAGGGGGUCCCCCUGUACCGCCACAUCGCAGAUCUCGCUGGGAACCCUGACCUCAUACUCCCAGUGCCAGCCUUCAAUGUGAUCAACGGGGGCUCCCAUGCUGGAAACAAGCUGGCCAUGCAGGAGUUCAUGAUUCUGCCUGUGGGAGCCAGCUCCUUCAAGGAAGCCAUGCGCAUUGGUGCUGAGGUCUACCACCACCUUAAGGGGGUCAUCAAGGCCAAAUAUGGGAAGGAUGCCACCAAUGUGGGUGAUGAAGGUGGCUUCGCACCCAACAUCCUGGAGAACAAUGAGGCCCUGGAGCUGCUGAAGACAGCCAUCCAGGCAGCUGGUUACCCAGACAAGGUGGUGAUCGGCAUGGACGUGGCAGCAUCUGAGUUCUAUCGCAAUGGGAAGUACGAUCUUGACUUCAAGUCGCCCGAUGAUCCCGCACGGCACAUCACUGGGGAGAAGCUCGGAGAGCUGUAUAAGAGCUUUAUCAAGAACUAUCCUGUGGUCUCCAUCGAGGACCCCUUUGACCAGGAUGACUGGGCCACUUGGACCUCCUUCCUCUCGGGGGUGAACAUCCAGAUUGUGGGGGAUGACCUGACAGUCACCAACCCCAAGAGGAUCGCCCAGGCCGUUGAGAAGAAGGCCUGCAACUGUCUACUGCUAAAGGUCAACCAGAUCGGCUCGGUGACCGAAUCGAUCCAGGCGUGCAAACUGGCUCAGUCUAAUGGCUGGGGGGUGAUGGUGAGCCACCGCUCUGGGGAGACUGAGGACACGUUCAUUGCUGACCUUGUGGUGGGGCUCUGCACAGGACAGAUCAAGACUGGCGCCCCCUGCCGCUCAGAGCGUCUGGCCAAAUACAACCAACUCAUGAGGAUCGAGGAGGCUCUUGGGGACAAGGCAGUCUUUGCUGGACGCAAGUUCCGUAACCCGAAGGCCAAGUGAGAAGCUGGAGGCUCCAGGACUCCACUGGACAGACCCAGGUCUUCCAGACCUGCUUCCUGAAAUAAACACUAGUGCCAACCAA